AUGGCUCUGAACUAUGGCGACACCGCGAACCUGAUCCCGACGGGACUUCCAGACAAGGUCCGAGCAUGGCUCGCCGAAGACACGCCAUCAUUUGACUACGGCGGCUUCGUGGUGGGCGAGGACCCUCGCACUGCAACCCUGUACCAGAAAGCGCCCGGCGUGGUCGCGGGCGUGCCCUUUGUCAACGAGAUCUUCGCCCAGUGCGGCUGUACCGUCGAGUGGUUCGUCAAGGACGGCGACUUCCUCGACCCUUCCGUGGUCGCAGGCGGCGGCGGCGGAAAGAUCAAGGUCGCGAGCGUCAGGGGUCCGACGAGAAAACUACUCCUCGGCGAACGCGUCGCCUUGAACACCCUCUCGCGCUGCUCCGGCGUCGCCACCGCGAGCCACAAGCUCCUCAAACUCGUCCGCGCCGCGGGCUACACGGGUAUCGUCGCGGGGACGCGCAAAACCACCCCGGGAUUCCGCCUGGUCGAGAAAUACGGCAUGUUGGUGGGUGGCGUCGACCAGCACCGCAUGGACCUGAGCAGCAUGAUCAUGCUGAAGGACAACCACAUCUGGUCCCGGGGCAGCAUCACCGAUGCGAUCCGCUCGGCAAAGGCCGUCGGUGGCUACGCCCUGAAAGUCGAGGUGGAAGUCGACAGCGAGGAAGGCGCCGACGAGGCGAUUGCCGCCGGCGCCGAUGUCAUCAUGCUGGACAACUACGAUGGGCCCGGUCUGAGGGUUGCAGCCAGGAACUUGAGGGAGAGGUGGGCGGGGAAGAAGGAGUUUCUGCUCGAGUGCAGCGGCGGGCUCACGACCGCGAAUGUGAGGGAAUAUGUCAACAACGACAUCGAUGUGAUUUCCACCUCUGCUCUACACCAGGGAUGUCCCCAUAUCGAUUUCUCCCUGAAGAUUGACCACUAG